CUAGCAUGCGCACGGAGGCUGCGGGCGGCGCGGCGCGGAGGCCCCAGAAGCCGCGAAGCCAAGCAGCGGCACCUGCCUGCCGAGCAUCCUGAAGUCCGGGCGGGAGAGCAGCAGCUCCACCAUGUGACAUUGUGUUAACCCCACCGGCUGAGAACAAGACCACUACCACAAUAGUUUGAGCCGAAUGUGAAGCAAGCUUUAAUUAAAUACUGGUCAAGAUGGUGGACUCUGGUCAGAACCAUUCUGAGGCUCUCAGAAAAUGGUGCAAUGCCAAAUGAGUUCACCUCUGCAAAGCUGAGAAGUGAUUGCUCAAGGACCUCCCUGCAAUGGUACACCCAGACCCAGCACAAGAUGAGAAGACCCAGCUUGUUAUUAAAAGACAUCCUCAAGUGCAUGUUGGUUGUGUUUGGAGUGUGGCUCCUGUACAUCCUCAAGUUAAAUUACACUGCUGAAGAAUGUGACAUGAAAAAACUGAAUUAUGUAGACCCUGCCCGAAUAAAGAGAGCUCAUAGAAACACUCAGGAAGUCUUUCAGAAGGAAUGUCGGCCAGGGUACGCGAAGAAAACUAUGGAUCUGUUAUUUAAGGGCAAGUACAGCAGGGACUUGGAGCCUUUCGUGCAGAAGAUCCCCACAGCCAGUGAAGCUGAGCUCAAGUAUGACCCGCCUUUUGGAUUCCGGAAGUUCUCCAGUAAAGUCCAGAGCCUCUUGGAUAUGCUGCCUGAGCACGACUUUCCCGAACACUUGAGAGCCAAGCACUGCAAGCGCUGUGUGGUUAUUGGGAACGGCGGCAUCCUUCACGGACUAGAGCUGGGCCACGCACUCAACCAGUUCGAUGUGGUAAUAAGGUUAAACAGCGCACCAAUUGAGGGUUAUUCUGAACAUGUUGGAAAUAAAACUACUAUCAGGAUGACUUACCCAGAGGGUGCUCCACUGUCGGACGCUGAAUACUACGCUAAUGACUUGUUCGUUGCUGUUUUAUUUAAGAGUGUUGAUUUCAAAUGGCUUCAAGCAAUGGUGAAAAAUGAAAGCCUGCCAUUUUGGAUUCGUCUCUUCUUUUGGAAGCAGGUGGCAGAAAAAAUCCCACUCCAGCCAAAGCAUUUCAGGAUUUUGAACCCAGUUAUCAUCAAAGAAACUGCCUUCGACAUCCUUCAGUACUCAGAGCCUCAGUCAAGGUUCUGGGGCCAUGAUAAGAAUAUCCCCACGAUCGGCAUCAUUGCCAUUGUCUUGGCCACGCAUCUGUGUGAUGAAGUUAGCCUGGCAGGCUUUGGAUAUGACCUCAGUCAACCCAGGACCCCUCUGCACUACUUUGACAGUCAGUGCAUGGGCGCCAUGAACUGGCAAGUCAUGCACAACGUGACCACAGAGACCCAGUUCCUCCAGAAGCUCCUCAAGGAGGGCGUGGUGCAGGACCUCAGCGGGGGCAUCCACUGAGAACUUUGAACUCAGCAGACCUCACUUAGCAAUGCAGCUGAGAGCUGUGCUGAGCAGCCUCCCCAGGGAGUUCACGCUGCAGCUGCUUUGGCCUCCAGCUAGUGUUUUUAAACUCAGUUUUAAAAGAAAAGGCAAGAACAACAGCAACAACAAAAGUUCGGCCCUUUACACCUCUUUGUCCUAUUUAUUUGAAGUCAGUGUUGGGUUUUGCACAAUUUUGUAAGUUAAUUUUAAGAAUGGGGUUGGAAAGACUUUUCAAAGAGAAUCGUAUGGUUUAUUGUAUUUUAAAGAAGUAAUUUAAUUUGCAAAAACUGUACACAUGUACUCUCCCCAGGUGUUGGGGUGGGAGGAGAGGGGCUUCUGCACCUUCGAUGAUGGCCUCGAUACCUGACUGCGGGUUCUGCUGCUCUGUUUGGUAGCACUGCUGGCAGGGAAACUUCCUGCCUCCUGGAUGAAGGAAGGGCUUACUCAUCACCACUGGCAGCUGCAGGAAGUCGGGGGCCUGAUAAACAAGUUCAUAACCCCUUUCUGCUAGUCCGUCUGCCAGAAGACUCAGAGGACCCGAGCAGGGCAGCUGUCCCACGGGCGAGCCACUGUCAGCUGAGUACCACGAUGCUGCCCCAGGAUGGGAGAAGCCAUGUCGUCCUACACUGUCAGGGCACUUUUCAACUUCUGGAGAAGUGUUCGUUCUCUCUGCCCUCCCAAAGCACUUGGUGUUAUUUAAGGCGCGCGGCUGUCUGUCUGAGAUGGCUCAUCAGAAUUGUGACGGCCACGGGGAGCAGGACCUCUGCAGAUGAUCAUUUCUGAAGCACUGGAGUGAAAUCUCCCCACUGUUGUAACUUAAGAACCCAUCUUGAAGUGCCCUGAAGUGCACACCAACCAAUGUGAAAGAAGGAGAAUGAGGAAGGGGAGGGAAAAGAACAGAAAGAAAGAAAAUAAAUAAUAAAAGCUUUUGAGGAGCCCC